CUACCUCUCAGCAGCUUGAGCAGCACACAGGAUUAUUCGGCCAGAAUCAUAUCAAAUCGCACGAAUACAUAAAGAGUGAUCGUGUCUGAAUGCCCUCACCCACGCCUCUCAGACCUUGGUUCAGUAACCCACCUCCGACCCAUGAGCCCGCAACAGCUUCAAGUGGAGACAUAGAGCGUUCAACUCCGGUGGUGCUGGAUACUGUUGCUGUAAGGGCCCGCACAUGCAGAAAUCGGGGCAUGCUCCUUGCCGCAGACCAGCCUGAAGAAUAUUCCACUAGGCAGGGCGAUUGGUGAAGGGGCAGGACUAGAGGUUCAUCACUCAGUGGCUGGUGGGAUUGGCCUCUGGGGUACUUCUGAGUCGCACGUUUCCACGCCAAGUGUCAACGCCUUCAGUCCGGGGUAUAUUCCGUGCACGGUCCAUCUUUUGGUUGUCAAAUCAUUGGCGACUACCAUCAGCUACAACGCGUAUACAAUUUGCCAACCUUGCGCUUCGCAUCUUGUACAUCAUGUUAGACGGAUCGCUGCAGGUUCAUAGGCGACAGGGAGCGCAAGGUCAGGGGCGUACACAUCGACGUGAAAAUAUUUCGAAUAUUGAUGUGCCUAAUGGAUUAGACCGCUAUCAAGGGCGCACCACAGGGAUGCGACCCCUUUCUCUAGAUGCAAGCUCAAAUAUGCAAAGGACUGCAGAGGGGAUCUCCGUCGAUUGUCAAGUAUGGCGACACGAGUCAUCAGCGGUUCCACUGGAAGGAUACACGUCACCUCAGGAUAAAUCAACCGCAGGCGGCGAGACGGUCCCAAAGGAGGCAGGUGGCCUGGAAACGAGCAGGCAGAUUGACAUAGAACGAACGGAAGCAUCCGGUCACACGAGGUCCUCUACAAACCUACCCGGCGCCCAACAUUCACCGAGAGUCGGGGAUAUCGGACGGCGCCGUUCCCAAAGCACAGGCUUUGGAUCGCGCGGAUCUAGAAUCGCUGCUCUAUCCGUCCAGCUGCGUACACGCUUAUCCUAUGCCGCUGCUAGGAUCGAGAAGGCGCGGCAAUCGCAGUCGCAAUACCAGUCGCCAACGGGCUUGCUGCAGAAAAAUAGCUCGACUCCAAUCCUCAGCGUGGAGACUUUGUCUCGAACUGGGCAACCGUCACUGGGGGAACCUGGAGAUCAGUUCGAAGCUGGGUCGCCAGAUGGGACUACUGUUUCCGCCCCAGAUGCUCCAGCAGCAUCUAGUCGCCAUCCCUUUGAAGGUCCCAUACGCCAGACUCUCAACGCAACGAUUGAUGUAAAUUCACAGACGCAGCCAGAUCUGAACAAACAUGCAGAGUAUCAUCCAGAGCUGCGGCCUCCACGGCUGGCCCCACCAGCGGACAUUGACCCAGGUCGUGUGAACCGCCAACGACGUCGCCCAAACCCGAACAAUCCUAGCAACCCUUCACGUUAUGCACCUUUCCCUCUCCAUAGACGUGGCCGCUCGCAACAGGAGCUUGUGGCUGACACGGAGGUCACCCGAGUGCCCGAAACACCGCCGCUUUGUCCGUCUAACGAUAACGGUAUCCCUUUUCACGGAUGGUCUGAUAAUUCGCAGAGCUCCUCAAUGGAGCAAGAUGCUAUCGAGACCUUGCUUUUCAUGUCUAGCCCAGGAACAUCCGGGUACCAUUCAAACUCCCAGAAUUCUCAGCGCAAUCAAGAUGUCAGGAAUAUAGAUGAUAGCGCUUCGCAGAGCGUGAAGUGGCACGGCUCACUUAAUGGCACCCAAUCCGACAGACAGUCUGGCCUUACUGGGACCGUCGAGACUCGAACUGGGGAUGAAAUUGAUCUCAUGCUAGAUCAGAUGAACAGCGACAGUGAUGAUGACGCUGAUUAUACCUUCAGACGCUCUAUCAGGGUCGAAGCAGGCUCGAGAGCCAAUGAUGCAGUUGGGAGCAAUGUCCAGCAUGGGACAUAG